AUGAGAUCUAUAAGCAAUUUAUUAUCUUCAUUAGUGUCUAAAUAGAAUACACCUUUUGUUUAAAAAUUGAAUAAUAGUUCUUUGAUGCAAAAUAAUCCAUCUAUUAUGAUGACAGAUAUACUUUAUUUAAUUGAAUGCUUUGAAGGAUUUGGUCCAGAAUGCAAUGGAAUAUAUUUAACAGGAUCAGAAUAUUUAUAGCAAUUUUUUAAGGCAAUCACCACAAAACCUUUAGCUGGAUAUAUAGCAACAAAAAUUACUUUAACAAUUCAUCUAAUUUUAUAUGAAUUUUAGAUUGGAGAAACUAUAGCUGAAGAAAUGAUAAGGGAAGGUUCAACUAUACAUGUGUUAUAAAAUCAAUAGUUUAGCAAUUUUGUGAUAAACUAUUUGAUGUAUUUAAUGAAAUUAGCAUAAAAUUUAAAAUUGUUUUAUGCCUGCAAAAUAGGCUAAUAUCCAAUUUUUGAUUAAGAUUCAACAUUUACUUAAUAUUCAGAAAGUACAAGAGAGUAGCAAUUCUAACAAUUUAAUUUAUUUAAGAAAAAUAAUAAUUUUAGAGAUACCAAUUUAUAGUACAGAAAUUACUAAUAAAAGAAAUUAGAAUUACAUAUGUAGUCACAAACAGGUUGCAUAACAAUGGAACAAAAAAUAUUAUACCUUUUCAAAUUACAUAACCUAUUAAAUUCAUGUGUAUAAAUUUUAAAUUUGUGCAUAAAUUCAUUAAUGUAAUUGGAUAAAUAAGAUUCUAAAAAUAUUUUUAUUGAAAUAAGUUGUGUUUUGUGGAAUGAUUGUAUGGUUAUGUACAAAUUUUCAACUUAGGAAGUAAUAACAUAAAAUAAACAUAGUUGUGCAAAUUACUUGAUUGUUUUCGAUAUAUGCCAUUAUAACAAUUGCUUUCAGUACAGUAAAUAUAUUGGGCAACAAUCAGUUCCUCUACAUAAAUCAAAUGGAUUUAUCAAAAUAGAAAAUACUUUGACUCUCAAAAUAUUGUGAAAUAACCAUUUUGGUUUGAAGAAAAUAAGUAGUUAUCAACAGAACUAUAAAACAGUAUAAUAGAUAAUAAAAUAUAAUCUAUCCCAGAAACAGCAAGAAAUGCUAAUAAGCUAUCAACACCAUAAGCAUAUAAAAAUAACAAAUCUCCAACCAAUAUACCUUAACCAUUUACUUCUAGAAUUGGAAUUUCUUAGAAUACAACAAAAACAACAAUCCCAUAACAACCUUAUUUUGUUGCGAAUAAAAAAUUAUAGUAAUAAUAUCAAUAAAUUGAAGUAUAAUAACCCUUAAGUACAAGAGCAAAAAACAUAGUUGGAAACAUUUUCUCAGAUGAAGAAUUAACUAUUUCUCCUAGAGAAAGAGCUAGAAUAUAAUAAUAAUGAUU